UUCCUUGUCAAUCGUUGUUUGAUUGCCACCCAACCUCGACCCACUCAUCACUCUUCACUCAUCACUCUUCACUUUAUCAACAACAAUCAACGUCAACAAACAAUCAUACCCAACACUCAUCAAGAACCAACCAUGACAGUACUCAUCAGGGACACCGAGGCCGUCGCCAUGUUGUCUCGCAUGCCAGGAGCAGAUGGAUACUGUCGGAAGUUUGAUGAGUUGUACCACAUCGAAGAACGACUGCAUUCUGGCGCUUAUGGUACAGUCUACCGCGUGACUGAUCGGCAGCAUUCCAACAAGGAACUCGCCACAAAGGUCAUCAAGCGCUCCAAGCUUUCAUCAAAGCAAGAGUCUGACAUCCUCUCGGAAGUGAAUGUAAUGAAAGACCUUGCCGGAGUCGAAAAUGUUGUGCAAGUCGUCGACUUCUUUGCGGAAGAAGACGCCUUUUACAUUGUCCAACAAUUAGCCAGAGGCGGUGACCUCUUUGAGAAAGUCGUCAAUGGAUAUCAAUACAGCGAACACAAUGCUCGUACCGUUGCAUUGAAGUUGCUCCAGACUCUGCGAAAACUUCACGACAGAGGAGUGGUUCACCGUGACUUGAAACCAGAGAACCUGUUGCUCUCCAGUUCACACGACAACACAUCCGUCCAGCUAGCCGACUUUGGGUUUGCCACUUAUCUUCCCGAAGGAGGAUACUUGGAUCGCCGCUGCGGCACUCCCUGCUAUACUAGCCCUGAGGUGUGGCAGAAGAAACCCUACAAUACACAGGCAGACAUGUGGUCUCUUGGGAAUGUCCUCUAUAUGCUCAUUGAUGGGCGACCACCAUUCUACUCCAAGGACACCGUGGAAGCUGGCAAGCUUGUUUGCAAGGGUAGUGUCAAGUUUGAAGGGAAGCAAUGGGAUGGGAUCAGUGAUGCUGCCAAACAGUGCAUUCGUGGUUUGCUCACAGUCGACCCAACCCAGCGUUGGACAGCUGAAAAAGCCUUACAAUCCUCUUGGAUUCAAAGCGGCCUGACAGAUGCCCUCUUUGAGAAUCUGGACUGGCCUUGGAUGCCCAGCUGCUCUCAACAUGAAGACGUGGGUAACUCUUAUGUCUUCGUCACCUUGAACCUUGGCUGAAAUGGAACUAAUGACGAAGCCUCCCACGGAAAUAAGCCGCCAUGAUCCUCUGUCUGCCAUCCUUGUCGUGUCUUAUCUUUAUCCC